UUGCCUCUCUGUGUACCGGGGCAGGGGCAGGGCUGCGCUCUGCAGGCUCCUGCCGGUGUAUCCUGCUGGGUGGCGGGCCCGCGCGGGGAGCUCUCAGCUGCACACUGCCCCAGGGCCCAGGGAGGAAAGCAUCAGCAGCAAGUGGAUGGGCAGGGCUGUGCCUGCUGUUAUCAGGUUUCCCUCUACCCCAGUCACUCCUCCCUCUUACAGCUGUAGGGGUGCACCUGGCCAAGGAAGAUGCCGCUGCAGGCUGUCCCUGGGUUAAUGUGGCUCUGGCAGAACAUGCCCUUUCAGACACUGGCCGUGUUCUUAGGCCUGUUCCUGCUGAUUGCUGAUUGCAUGAAGAGGAGACAGCCGAAGAAUUUCCCUCCAGGACCUUUGCCCCUGCCGUUCCUGGGCCACCUGCUCCAUGUGGAUUUCAAACAGCCCCAUAGGGCUUUAGAGAAGCUUUCUGGAAAAUAUGGCAACAUUUUCAACAUGCAGUUUGGUAGCCAGACAGCUGUGAUUGUAAAUGGAUUCCAGCUGGUGAAGGAAGUGCUUGUCCAUCAGGGUGAAUACUUUCUUGGUCGCCCACAAAUUCCUCUUAUCUACGAGAUCUUUGGUACAUUUGGAUUAGUCACCUCUAAUGGACAUAGCUGGAAACAACAAAGAAGAUUUGCUUUAUCAACUCUAAGAAACUUUGGCCUGGGGAAGAGGAGCUUAGAAGAACGAAUACAGGAGGAGAGCAGAUACCUCACAGAUGCAAUUGAGGAAGAAAAAGGGCAACCUUUCGACCCUCACUUUAAAAUUAAUAAUGCUGUUUCCAACAUAAUCUGUUCCAUCACUUUUGGGGACCGGUUUGACUACCAUGAUGGUCACUUCCAGAAGUUACUGCAGUUGAUUGAUGAGACUUUUUACCUCCAGGGAACUAUUUGGAGCCAGCUGUAUCACGGCUUCCCCACCAUAAUGAAGUGGAUACCUGGACCCCAUCACACCAUUUUUAAAAACUGGGAAAAACUGAAGAGUUUUGUGAAGGAAAUGAUUGCAAAGCACAAAGAGGACUGGAAUCCAUCUGAACCCAGAGACUUCAUUGACUGUUAUCUGAAGGAAAUAGCAAAGGCCGAUGCCGAUCCUAGUUUCCAUGACGAAAAUCUUAUAUUUUCCACACUGGAUCUUUUUUUUGCUGGAACUGAGACAUCGUCUACAACCAUCCGCUGGGCUCUGCUGUACAUGGCCCUAUAUCCUGAUGUUCAAGAGAGAGUGCAAGCGGAGAUUGAUGCAGUGAUUGGCCUGUCUCGCCAACCAGCCAUGGACGACAGGGACAAUAUGCCAUACACCAAUGCAGUUAUUCAUGAAGUGCAAAGGAUAAGCAACAUCUUGCCUUUAAGUGUGCUCAGAAUGGCAACUAGUGACACAACACUGGCUGGAUUCUAUGUGCCAAAAGGCACCGUUUUGAUUCCCAAUUUGACAUCAGUGCUGUUUGACAAGAAUGAGUGGGAAACCCCUCAUACUUUUAAUCCUAAGCAUUUCCUUGAGGAUGGUCAGUUCAAGAAAAGAGAAAGUUUCCUGCCCUUCUCUGCAGGAAAGCGCGGUUGCCUUGGCGAGCCGCUGGCUAGAAUAGAGCUGUUCCUGUUCUUCACUAGCCUCCUUCAGAAAUUCACAUUCCAAGCUCCGAAAGACGUGAAGCUAAGCCUUCAGUUCAGAAUGGGAGCUAUUCUUAGCCCACAGCCAUACAAGAUCUGUGCGCUGUCUCGAUAGGGAAAGCCAGGACAUUUUUAUCAUUGCCCCAUUUCUCAAAAUAAUUACGCUUUGCUGUGCUUGUAUAUAGGGCUGCAUCGGCAGUUCACUAUGUCUCCAAAUUUCCCUGCCUGCCUCCAUUCUUACAACCCAACAGGGGACCUAUAUUAGCAACUGGACGAUUUGGGAGCCUGAUAUUGGAAGGGGCUGUGGCUGUUAUACAUCCUACCAUGACGACAGCUCUUCCUGGUGUCCCUGCCACACCAGUCUGUGUGCAUGCACACUCAGGAUGGCCGAGGAAUUGUCACUCCCAUAUCAAUCAGGUUGAAAAAAGGUAAGUAUAUUUCAUGAAUUCUUUCAAAAGGAACAUUUUUCAUGAAAUAUGUCGUUUUUCAAUAGAAAUUUUUCAAGACAUUUUUUAUUAAAUUUCAGUGGUGUGAAAAAAACAUGACCUUUUCUCUCACUGUUUAAUGAGGGGUAGGGAGAAUUUAAAGACAGGCGAGAAAGUGUGAUUUUCCCUACCAACACAAAAUUUAAAAAAUGAAAUUUCUUUGAAAAAUGAAAAAUUUCAACCGAGAUUGAAAUAUUUCUGCAGGAUUUUUUUUUAUCAAAAAGAGGGGGGUUUUUUUACUGAAAAAACGACAACCAGUUUUAGAUGCAUCCUGCUGCCUCUGAAUCUUGCCAACCACCAUUGUUCUCUCACCCGCUAUGAUCUUUGAUGAGAAUUCUAUCCACCUCUCCUGCCUGAAGUUUUUGUGGUGAGAGAACUCCUGAAUCUUUUAAAAAGUUAAUACUAAUACAUUUUUAAAACCUGCCCACAUUGGGAUUUGAAUUCCUAACCUAUAUAACAGUACUAGUGCUCAACCCUGCUGCCAUGAGUAUUGCUGAGAAACCUCAUGGCCUUUAGGUGGUGGGCCAGGAAGGGAACUAGGGCAGAAUUUUACAUAUUGACUAUUUCAGUUGGAAUGGCCGGGUUGCUGAUGGGGUUGGUUUAGUGCACAUGUAGUUGAACGAAGGCGAGCUGGACGUUUCAUAGGCAAAUUUACCGUGGUUCUUAAUUUUACUUUUGGUGUUUAGGUGCUUUAGAAAUACUUCAGAGGGUCAGAUAUUUUGUUAACUGGCUGAGGAUCAAUGUAGUUAAAGAACAGUUAUAGCCCUUAUUUUGCAACGUGGAUAGUGUUUACACAACAAAUACUUUUAAAUUAUUCUUGCAAUGUUUGAUUUUGGCCCUAUCAUUCUUGAAAAGUGAUUCUUCAAGAAAUUCUAAGAGUAAAAAGAGUUAUUAAUUUUUUUUGCAAAUUUAAAUAUAACUUUCUGCAAAAAAGUUCCAAUAACUGACAUUUUAAAGUUAGUAAAGAGCACUUGUUUGUAUUGUUA